AUGAAUCUGUUGACAGUAAAUAUUAGAGGAAUUGGGGGAACAGAGAAACCAUUGUGGCUUAGCAGGUUAGUUAAAGAACAAAAAGCGUCCUUUCUUUGCAUACAGGAAACUCAGAUCUCGGAUAUAGAUGCAGUAAUAGUUGGGAGGUAUUGGGGACAGGUGGAUAUGGAAUGGGUGUCUGUAGAUGCCAGGGGAAGAUCUGGAGGGUUAGUCUCUGCUUGGGACCCGGGGGCCUUCUCGAAGAGAAGUGUCAUAAAGAACGAGUCAUUUCUGGCAGUGACAGGUCGUAUUUUUGGAACAGAAGUAGUUCUAAACAUAGUAAAUGUGUAUGCCCUUUGUGAGACGACACGUAGACGGAUUUUAUGGGAAGAAUUGAAAAGAAUCAAAGUUGAAAAAGAGGGUAUGUGGGUAAUGGCGGGAGAUUUUAACGAAGUUAGAGAAGAAGAGGACAUGAUGAUAUCAAGAUUUGACAGUCAUAGUGCGUUGAUUUUCAAUACUUUUAUUGCAGAGGCAGGAAUGAUGGAAUACCAAAUGGGGGGAUAUAAGUUCACAUAUAUGCCGGAUGAUGGAUCUAGCCUAAGUAAAAUAGAUAGGAUCCUUUGGAGGAAAGAGGAUAAGUCAAGUGAAGAAAAGGAGAUGCAUGAGACGAUGAAAGAAGUAGAAGACAUUGAGAGGGUGGCGGAAACUAGAAGACUCACAACAAAAGAGAAGGAGAAAAGAAUUCAAGGUAAGUGGAAAUUAAAAAAGUUUGAAAAAAGGAGGGUGAAAGACUUGAAACAGAAAGCGAAAAUGAAGUGGACAAAAUUAGGAGACGAAAAUUCAAAGUUUUUCCAUAUAGGCAUAAAUUGCAGGAAAGCAAAAAAUCGAAUAAACACAUUAUGGGUGAACGGGAACAUGGAAACGGAGCCUAAGGCGAUCAAGAAGGCAGUGUUGGAAAGUUUUUCGGCUAGAUUUAUAGAACCAUAUAGAAGGAGACCCACUUUAGAUGGUAGAGGCUUUAGACAGUUAACGAAUGAUCAGGCAAAAAAGUUGAUUGAAGAAUUCUCGAAAGAGGAAAUAAAGGAAGCGGUGUGGGCUUGUGGCAGCGAUAUGGCUCUUGGGCCCGAUGGGUUUUCAUUCAAGUUUAUUAAGAGAUUCGGGGCUCAAUUGGAAAAACAGUUUGUGGGGGUUUUGAAGGAUUUCCAUAAGAAGGCUCACAUUGAAGGAGGUUGUAAUCCGUCAUUUAUUGCGUUAAUACCGAAGACAAAAGACCCCAAAUCAGUAAGUGAAUUUCGUCCUAUUUAG